GAAAAAAUUUAAUGUUUACUUCAUUCGUGUUUCCCACCGUGACAAGGAGUGCAUAUUGUAUCUGUAACUUAUAUUUAAAUAGAAAUAAAAGUAAUAUUCUUAUUAGAAAAAUGGGUGAGACAAAUACAGAUUUGUAUUAUGAUACUGUUAUGAAGCUUGUUAAAGAAGCGGGAAAGAUGAUUAACGAAAAAGUACAUAACCGAAGCAAAAAAGUAGAACAAAAAUCCAGCGACAUCGAUUUAGUCACAGAAACUGACCAAGCAGUUGAAAAGUUACUUAUUGAUGGUUUAUCCAAAGCAUUCAAAGACCACAAAUUCAUAGGAGAAGAAUCAGUAGCUUCCGGAACGCCAGUUAAAUUGACAGACGCUCCAACGUGGAUAAUAGAUCCUAUUGAUGGAACACUGAAUUUUGUUCACGCUUUUCCACAUUCGUGUAUUUCCAUCGCCCUUUUUAUCAAUCAAAAACCAGAAAUAGGUAUCAUUUUCAAUCCCAUGUUAAACCAAAUGUUCACAGCUAGACGUGGAAAGGGGGCUUUUUAUAAUGGCGAGCGCAUAAAUGUCUCAAACACUAAGGCAUUGAGCGAUGCGUUGAUUAUGUUUGAAUGCGGUACUGCCAGGGAUGCCGAAAAGAUGAAGGCUGUUAAUGAAAAUUAUUUUAAGUUGUUACCACAAGUUCAUGGAUUUAGGGCACUGGGCUCUGCUGCUCUUAACUUCGCUAUGGUAGCAACAGGAGGCGCUGACGCGUACUUCGAGUUUGGCAUCCACGUUUGGGACAUGGCGGCCGGUAUAUUGAUUGUACGGGAAGCUGGUGGCGUAGUCAUAGAUCCGUCAGGAGGCGAUUUAAAAAUACUUUCUAGACGAGCGCUAGUUGCGAGUACUCAAGAGCUCGCCGAAAAAUUGGCACAGCAGCUGGUGUCGACUUAUUACCCUACACCUGAUGAUAGUUAAGAUGGGUCUGGACAAUGAGAAACCAAAGAGAGUUACCUAGUUGUGAUAAUUGUGUAGAAUACAUGUUAAAAGUGGAAAAAUAAAAGAAUAGAUGGAUGUUUUUAUUAAAUGUACUUAUAUCAAUGUAA